UCCUCCUCCUCUCCCCUUCCCCCUUCAACAGCAUCACUUAUUUUCCUCAAAGAUCUGCAACUCGCCAUUGCCAUUCCUUUUUCCCUUUCUUCUAGAAACAAGACUCUCUCACCUCUGAUACUGACCAUGACUGACGCCGUCGAACCAUCAACGUCGGCGAGGGAACCGAAUCCGAACGCCAUCCUCCAUCCCCGACGUGAGCCUUUCGAGCACGGCCUUCUCCAAAUCCCGAAGCUCAUCUUCACUGAUCCUGUCCAAGCUCUAACACCGCUCAAGCUGAAAUUCGCGUCGUCGACGAGUCUCCGAGUUGACUCCGCCACGCUAGCGGAAGCUUUCCAGAUCUCGCCCGACCAUGCACGCCUCGUCCUUGACACACUCGCGUCUGUCCUCCACUCUGAAUCUGAUCCUCUUGUUAAGGCUCGGCCGGAUGAGGUUGAUUCUGUCGGUGCUGAUUUGCGUGAUCUGAUAUUGUUUCUGUAUAUUCAGUCUUAUAAGAAGCUGUUGCCGCGCUCGCAUAGCUCGGCCUCGGCCGCUGUGGCUGAUGUAUGGCCGUCCACGUCUGCAUUCGAUGGGUUCUUGUCAGCGCUUUCUCCUUUGCAGUUUGUGCGUUGCAAUAAUCGCCGGUUUAUGCCAUCACAGGCUGAUGAAGAGGUUCAUCAGUUAUCUUAUCUACAAAAGCACUUGGCUAACAUUCUCUCACUUUUAGCAGAGCCUACAGAGGGGGAGGGAGAUGAGUCCCUGGUUUUAACCAUGGAAGGAUUUGAGCACCUUGGGUUUCUGAUUCAAUUUGGUGAAAGGGGAUAUGAAGGAAUCCCCUUAAGCCAAGCGGCUCCAUUUUUUGCAAAUUCAGAUCCAGACAUGCCAGCUGUUCCUGUUCCUGCUUCACACAUUCAUGAUUGGCUUAAACAGAGUUUAGCUUCUGCUUUGGAACAUAUUACAGAAAGAAUUUCUGCAAAAGAAAAUGGGCCUUCAAGUGGCUCUGAUCAGGAUGUUGCCAUGACUGAUGCUUGUCCAAGCUCAAUCAAGGCCACACCAAGUGCUAGGGGUCUGUGUUUUAUUGAGGGGAUUUCUAAAUCAUCAUACGUAAAGCAGGCACCUGAUCUCAGAGGUUCUUCAGUGAAGGUGAUUAAUUGCCAUGAUUCUGUAAUUUACAUUUUAGGGCCUAUGAGAUAUGCCACUGUCUGUGGGUGCUCUGAUACUACUAUAGUUCUUGGAGCUGUUGGCAAGGCUGUAAGAGUGGAACAUUGUGAACGUGUUCACGUGAUUAUGGCAACAAAGCGAGUUUGUAUUGCCAAUUGUCGUGAAUGUGUGUUCUUUCUGGGAGUAAACCAGCGACCACUUAUGGUUGGUGACAACCAUAAGCUACAAGUUGCACCAUAUAACACAUUUUACGCCCAAUUGGAGGAACACAUGGCUGAAGUUGGCAUUGAGACAAGUAUCAACAGAUGGGAUGAGCCUUUGGCACUGGGAGUGGUUGAUCCACAUGAUUCAUUGUCUCAUCCUGCUGGGGUAUCUGAUGCUCAAGCUGAGUCAGCUACACACCUAGACCCUGAUCAGUUUACAAAUUUUCUGAUUCCAAACUGGUUUGAAGGUGAAUUGCCUGGGUCUACAAAAGAUAACCCAUUUCCACUGCCAGAUCUUUACUCAGCAUCUCAACAAAGAAAUCUAAAGAAUUUAGAUGAGAUAAAGCAGAUGUUGAGGGAAGCGCCACUUGAAGAAAAUCGAAAAAGAGAAUUGUCAUGUGCACUUCACGUAUACUUCAAAGACUGGUUAUAUGCUUCGGGGAAUAUCCGUCAGCUUUACUGCCUACAAGGCGAAUGAUGGCAGAUGCUCUAUGGUGAGACUGCAUGUUUAAGUGAGGCAAAGAAGGAAGCUCUUUGGUUUUCUUUCGUUUUUAACCCUUGCCAGGAUCCUCCAGCAAAUUCUGUGGCUGCUACAGGCAGACAAGAGUCGCUCCAUUGUGCUUCGGGGUGGUACAAAAUUUUUAUGGAUUGACAACUGGUGCACAGAAUGCCAUCAGACAACCUUUGCUAAUCUCAUUGUAAUAUUUUUUGAAUGAUAAAAGAAAAAUAAUCUUUUAUAAUAGUUGUUAAUCUAGGUUUGCAAUCUUGUGAAUUUCAUAUUCCUUGAUCUAGUUAUGUUAGAUAUAAAAAUUCUGAACGUCUUCUUUUUUCAAGUUUUUACCACAAUUUCGUACUUGGAGUACACUUAUUUCCAGUCUUCUUUUGAACUUGUUGAGACACCCCCUUAGGAGACAAUUAG